GGUAUUGUUAACGCAUUAUUACUACAGAUUUGUAAUAUGCACUAUACGACUUUUCCUAUAAAUGGUUUAAGUAAUUUUAAUAAAUUAUUCUCCAAGUAUUGAAUAUAGAGAAGUGAGAAGGAGAGGAAUAAUGAGUUGAUAUGUGAGAGAUGUGGCAGCGUGUGGCCGGCUGACCAUAACAAUGAUGGCGAGAGUGCUGGGCAGGUCCGGGCUGCGAGCUGGUCAAGUGUUGUGUCAAGCAGCGAAGAUAAAAUGGUGGUAUUCACGCAGUGCCGCUGCAAGCAUCACUACGCACUACACAGUGGUGCCACGAGAAACCGAUCCACGAUGGGCAGAUGUGAACAUGGAACGAUAUGCAGAUGAAGCUGAUGUAGUGAUAGUAGGUGGAGGUCCAGCUGGUCUGGCCGCCUCCAUCCGACUCAUGCAGUUGGCCCAGGAACAAGAAAAGGAGAUUCGUGUCAUGUUGGUGGAGAAAGCUGCAGACAUUGGUGGCCACACAGUGUCUGGAGCAUGCCUAGAAGCUCGUGCCUUGGAAGAGCUCUUCCCAGACUGGAAAGAACGUGGCGCUCCGCUCUACACUCAGGUUAUAGCCGACAAAUUUGCCAUCCUUACUGAAAAGAGGCGAAUAAGUAUUCCUAUAUUACCUGGUAUGCCAAUGCACAACCACGGCAACUACAUUGUUCGAUUGGGGCACCUUGUUCGGUGGCUGGGAGAGCAAGCGGAAGAGAUGGGAGUAGAGAUAUAUCCUGGCACGCCUGCAUCAGAAAUUUUAUAUAAUGAAGAUGGAUCAGUUGCUGGUGUUGCCACCUCAGAUGUCGGCAUUACUAAGGAUGGGUCUCCAAAGGACUCUUUCGCUCGAGGGAUGGAGCUGCGGGGAAAAUGCACAGUAUUUGCCGAGGGCUGUCAUGGCCACCUGGCCAAACAGCUCUAUACUAAGUUCAAUUUACGCGAGAACUGUGAGCCUCAGUCUUAUGGAAUUGGACUUAAGGAAUUAUGGGAAGUUAAACCCGAAAACCACAAACCAGGAACAAUUGAACACACAGUUGGAUGGCCACUUGACAAAAAUACAUAUGGAGGUUCAUUUCUGUAUCACUUGAAAGAGGAGCAGCCAUUAAUUACCCUUGGUUUUGUUAUUGGACUGGAUUAUACAAAUCCAUACCUGAAUCCAUUCAAAGAGUUUCAAAGAUUCAAGCAUCAUCCAUCGAUCGAACCUUUACUACGUGGCGGCACAAGAAUUUCUUACGGAGCCCGAGCACUGAACGAAGGUGGAUUACAGUGUGUUCCCAAACUGACAUUCCCAGGGGGUUGUCUUGUAGGGUGUUCACCAGGGUUCAUGAAUGUUCCAAAGAUCAAGGGAACACACACAGCUAUGAAGAGUGCCAUGCUUGCUGCUGAAAGCAUAUUUGAAUCACUUAAUGAUAAGGAAAAUGUUAACACUUCUUGUAUUGAACCAGUCACUUAUGAGGAAAAAAUUAGGGAAUCUUGGGUAUGGAAAGAACUUUAUGCUUCUCGUAAUAUCCGUCCAUCUUUCCACAACCCUCUUGGUCUGUUUGGUGGCCUCCUCUACACUGGCCUCUUCUACAUCAUAGGACGAGGAAAGGAACCUUGGACACUGAAACAUGGAGGAAGUGAUGCAGAAAGACUUAAGCCAGCAAAUCAGUGCAAACCAAUAACUUACCAUAAACCAGAUGGAGAAAUUAGCUUUGACCUUCUGAGUUCAGUUGCACUCACUGGUACAAACCAUGAUCAUGACCAGCCUCCUCAUCUGACACUAAAAGAUGACUCUGUCCCUGUAGACAACAAUCAUGCAGUGUUUGAUGGACCAGAAGGACGCUUUUGUCCGGCAGGUGUGUAUGAAUAUGUGCCACUGGAGGUCGGUGAUGGCGUCAGACUUCAGAUAAAUGCCCAGAACUGUAUCCACUGCAAGACGUGUGAUAUAAAGUGCCCAUCUCAGAAUAUUAAUUGGGUAGUACCAGAGGCAGGAGGUGGACCUGCUUAUGAUGGCAUGUGAACUGUUUACCCUGUUUGUGUGAGGUGUGUAGAGGAGUGUGACGUGGUGCAGUCUGCCACAUUAACACUAAAGCAACAAACAAUGCAAUAGUAAGUAAUGUAAAUAAUGUCAAGGGGUUUUGUAAUUAGAAUUUUGCAUAAGUAAAUAUAAUUUUUAAAAUAAAAUCUGU